AUGGCGAUUUUGGCGAUUUUUUCUAGGAAAAUAGCCAGAAUCAUCUUUCUCUUGGUGAUGGAUAUUAAUCUUGUUGAAGUGAUGCAAGGAAUGUCGAUUGAGGAGGAUAAGCCAAUCAUCAUACCAGAGGACGAUACUUAUUGUGCGAUGGAAAGAGGAAGAAGUAGUCUUCUGGGAAGAUUGCUUAAUCCAGAGGCGCAGAACAUGUCUCGAAUGCUGAGAACGAUGCCAAAGAUAUGGAAAGUGUACGAGAGAGUCAGGGGAAUUGCGCUUUCAAGAGAUAGAUUUCAGUUUUUUUUUGAUCUUGAGACUGAUAUCAAGACAGUGCUGAAGCAAGGAUUCUGGACUUUCAAUGAUUGGGGAAUGGCCCUGGAGAGAUGGGUUGAAGCUCCUCCGAGAUCCUACCUUCAAACAGCAGCAGUGUGGGUCAGACUGAGAAACAUUCCAGUUAACUAUCUCACGGCGAAAACGAUAGAUGCGAUUGCUGAUGGCAUUGGCCAUGUGGAGGUGAUUGAGUUUGACCCGGAGAAACCCUUACUCAAUGAUUAUGUGAGGGUUCAAGUGACCAUUGAUCUCAACGUCCCGGUGAGAGACAAGAAGUCGCUCAACUUACCUGGUGGUCGAGUGGAAUACAUUGAUGUAGAGUAUGAAAGAAUAAGGAAGAAGUGCUAUCAUUGUAUGCGGCUGUCACAUGAGAAACAAAAAUGUUCUCUCCUUCAGAGAACGAAGAACAAAGGAAAAGAGGUGGCUGUGCCUCCUAAUGGUAAGCAACACCAGCCUAGUGGUAGCCGUCAACAUCACAUUGACUUGACUGAAAAACUUAUGCCUCUCUUAGCACCAUCGGUACCUCCGGGUUUUGAGCCUCACAGCUCCAUUGUGGCCCCUGAGGUGUUUGAAGAGAUGAGAACUUACAUGAACUGUGUCGACCCAGAGGAGAGAAGAAUAAGGGAAAUUAAAAUGAGGAAGACCUUGGAUGAGCUGUCGAGAGAUCCGGUUGCACAAAGAGCAUGUUUGAUUGGAAAAAGCUCCGGUCCUCUCGAUUGA